AUGGUGGUGGAUACCUCGUGGCUCCACUCACUGAUGAUCAGAUUCUGUUGGUGCCCCAGGGCCCUGAGUGCCGACAUGCAACUAUUUGAUAUUGGCCUUUUUCCUGCAUCUUUCACUUCACCAAAGACAGCAUUCACAUUUGCAGUGUUGGACAACUUCCUGUUGGACAACCUGGAAUGCAGGACAUCGGCAAUGAACUACUACAGUAAGUUGAGGAGGGUUACAUCCAGCAUCUUCCCUCAUCUGGUUCCAGUGAGUGAGGAUCAUGGCUGCCAUCACAUUGCUAAUAAAUGCCGAUAG